AUGAUUCUUUCAAGUCUUGUACUUUGCUGUUGUCUUGUCUUCGUAGAAGCAAGGGGCCUUCAUUUCUUGAAACUACCCUAUGGAACCUGGCAAGCUGCCAGCUUUGAUGAAGUGGCCAAGGCAUAUACUUUCAAGAAUGUUCGUUACGGUGCGCCACCUGUUCGUAAUCGCCGUUUUGCCAAGCCUGAACCUCCAGAGGCUGUGAACGGAAUUCAAGAUGGUUCCAAGGGUGCCGCUUACUAUAGCAAGAUCAUUCAAGCGUCGCUGAGCAAGAAAGUUUAUUCUGAAGAUUGUCUCUUCCUCGAUUUAUACGUGCCAGAAGAAUCCCUGAAGUCGGACAAUAAACUGCCAGUUAUGGUCUUUGUCCAUGGAGGAGGGUACACCACUGGAUCUAAGGACAUGCUUGACGUUGUGGGAUUAUAUGACGGUACCGGUCUCGUGAAGCAAUCCAAAGGCCGUGCCAUUGUUGUCACACUCAACUACAGGCAGCUUGGUGUCUUUGGUUGGUUGGGUGGCACGACUGCUGAACUUGCUGGUGCUACCAAUCUAGGCCUCAUGGACCAGCGCCUAGCUUUUGAAUGGGUCCAAAAGUACAUCCAUUUGGUUGGUGGUGAUCGCAAUAAUGUCACCGCGUUCGGAGAGUCUGCUGGUGGUGGAUCCCUCAUGCAUCAUCUUACACUCGGAGGAGGAACGAUAUCACCACUUUUCAACCGCGUUCAGAUCUAUAGUGCAGGUCUGGCUUACAACUUUGAUCGUAAGGGCAAACUUGAAGAUGCCUUCCACAAGUUUUCGGCGAUAGCCGGAUGCCAAGGGAAAGGCUUCUCCUGUCUACGUGCUGCAAGUCCGCAGAAGCUUCUUCUCGGACAGAUCGCGGUAGCCGGAUUGUCUUUCAACAUUGCAAAGCCACAGUUCGGGCCAGUUCCUGAUGGAAAUCUGGUCAAGAACGCAGCAUCUCUGGACUUAGCUGCAGGUGAGUUCAGUUUCGCCAUGCAAUACGAUGCCGGCCUCUUCGUGGACCAAACUAUCAAAACAGAUGCCGGAUUCCUCAAAUUACUUCUCGACGCUUUUGGCUAUGUCGACAUUGUGGCUUCUAUCGCAGCCGAGUAUCCUACCCAAGACUACUCUUCGCCGCUGGCUCGACAACAAGAGGUCUUUAAGGACGCCGUCUUUGCUUGCAACUAUCGAUGGGUAACCAAUGCGUUCCCGAUGAGUUCGUACAACAUGCAAUUCUCCGGAGGAAGCAGUGGAUCGCAUGGCCAAGUGUUGCCCGGAGUCUUCUACAAUCCAACAUUGACUGUCGAGGCCAAUGGCACCAACUUCCCUGUGGCCGAUUAUUUCGGAAACCAAGACAUCUUCAACUCUUUACAGAGCUACAUCGUCAGCCAUGCCAUAUCGGGGUCUCCGAAUACAUAUCGAAACGCUCCCAGCACCAUCCCAUGGCCCAAGGUGUCAGGCGCUACCUCCGAGAACCUAGGCAAUGUUCUCAAUGUCACGAAUAAUGGAUUUCAGCUGAUCGCGGAUAGGCAGGGGUCCUCGUCUCGGUGCGACUUC